AUGGCUCCAUUAUCUCAUGAUUUGGCUGGUCUUAUAUUACCACAUGAUUAUUUUGGUUCACAUUUAAAUGAUUUAGGUGUAACAAUAAAUAUUGAUUUAGAAAAAUUAAAUUUUCGUAAAGCUGGACAAAUCUUAGCUGAAACAUGGAAUCAAUCUGUUAUUGAUGAAUUUCCAUGUGUUGCUGAAUAUAUUAAUCCACCAGUGACAUCAGAAGAUGAACGUCGACAAGUUAAUAUUAAAAUUGUUAUGGACGAAAUUUUACGACAAAUUUUUGUUGAAGAAGAAGCAGAAGAAGGAUAUGAAUUUCGUGUUCGUGCAUCGGAUGAAUAUUAUCAAGAAAAUGUUCGUGCACUACGAGAAAAAAUUGGUGAACAACCAAAAUAUAAUAUUGAUGAAUAUUGGUGUGCUAUGCAUGUUUUACAAACACAAUAUACAUUACAAAAAAUUCGUUGUAAUUCAGUUGAAUGUUAUGGAGCAUGGCGUUCAAAUUAUGAUGAAGUAUUUCCUCAUCGAUUUUUACCAUCAUCUGUACCAUUUGAAUGUACAUCAUAUGGUAUUAAAAUGGCAGAGAGAGAUUAUCAAAAAGGACAAUUUUAUGGAUCAUUAUUUCAACGAAUUCAAUUUCAUGGUGUUGUCAUUUAA